CUGUUUGAUAUGCUUGCACGGUUUAGUACUUUUACUCCAGCAUAACUACCAUGUCAUUACCCUUUACGUUUGCUGUGGAAUCUAAUGAAAACCCAAGAAUAUUUUGAGAAAUGCAUUGGUAAAACUUUUGCAUUGUAAGAAAUUGAAGAAAAGAAAGAAUGAAGGAAAGACUGCUGGAUGAUAAAACGUAGCUAAAUUUUUGUUGGAUACAUGUAGUUACAAAGUUCUAAGUGUUGUUACAAUGUUGUCAGGAACAUCAAUGCGAGGCAAGCACAUAAACAAUUCCAGCACGACACUGGAGAAACUGCUGGCGCUCUACGUCGACUCGGACCUGAGCGACGUCACGCUGGUGGUCGGCUCGCAGAUGUACCACGUACACAAACUCAUUCUCAGCAUGUGCAGCGACGUCCUCAAGACCAUGCUCACCGACCUUAAGUGGCCCGAGGCGUUUAAAGACCGCAUCGUGCUGAGCGAGGAGCCCGAGUGCUGCGCCGUGUUCAGCGACUUCGUCCGAUACAUGUACACCGGGAACAUCCACCUGACGAGUCAGUCCGUCCUGCCCAUCCUCACCCUCGCUGAUAAGUACAACCUGCGGGAUCUCUCGGAGACGUGCGUUGGUUUCAUGUGUGAGAACUGUGACGCGGCCGCCGAUUCCAUCUUCGUGGUGUCAUGGCUGCAGUACGCCAGGCUCUGCUCCUACAAGCAGCUGGAGAGGCACUGUCUGCACUACAUAGAGUGGAACUUCCAGAAGGUGCUCAACAGUUCUGACUUCCUGUCCAUGAGGCUGGAGACGCUGCUGGGGUUCCUGCACAGCUCCAGUCUCGUUGUCAUCGAUGAGUAUUCACUGUUCGUCGGAGUCAGACGGUGGCUGAUGCAUCAGAGGACGAGUGGUUUCGUGUCGACGUCCAGUUUCGAAAGACUCUUGCAGAGGGUUGUGCUUCACAUCAGAUUCUCCAAGUUCAAACUGGCACAGCUGGAGCAGUUGGCGCAGGAUCCGUUUGUGAUGGAAUUUCCCUGGAUAAUGGCCGACACAAUCAACCGUGAUGCCGCACCUCGGGUUCAUCUGUCGGUAUUGGAAACCCACCACAAACACAGCAGCAGGAGCAGCAGCAGCUCAGUAACGUGUUGCCACUAUGAGAUCCAUCCAAGCAGGAGAACGUUUCUUAAGACAUCCCCGGGCAGCAUGCCCAGAAACUACCUGUGUGAGGACUGGAGCACUCAGCUCGUUGUGGAAAACUUCAAAAGUUUCGAGAAGCACGCAUGUCGGACGUUGUUCUUCUCGACUCCAGCCAGCGAUGGUCGUAGCGGUGUGUCUGACGACCAUGAUGACGAGACAGGCUGGGACUGGCAGGUGGAUCUCUACCCCCGGGGGAUCUUCUUUCCCCGCGGCGUCCUCAUCGGCCUGCACGAGAAUUACCUCAUCGACGAGCAGGAACACCGCACCGUGCGUGUCGGCGUCAUCGCCAAGUGUUUCCACGGCAACCGGCACGUUGAGAUCUCGGUGCUGGCGAUCGCGCGGGGGCGGGACGAAGGUUCGGAGUACGUGAGGAACAUCGUCAGGAAGAAGUGCAUCUUCGACAGCGACAGCUGUCUCUACAACGUGGACAACGUCAUUCCAUUCGCCGAGCUGGAGGACGCAAGCUCAUCGUACCUGACGGGAGAAGACAGGGACACAUUCAAGAUCGUCAUCAUCAUUAAACCAACCACAGAUAGAUACGACCAUGGUGAAGACUGACUGAGCGAACACAUCCAUUACAUCUGCUUUCACUCGUUGUAUAUGCAAGAAAAAUAGCCCUCAAUUUUCACUUUCACUCAUCAUAUGCAAUAAAAAAAAAAGAGUGGAUAAAAUGCAAAUUUUUAUGUAUUUUAAUUUUUCAACAUGUAGCCUACUGUGAAAAUAAUUGUCACGGCCAUCAUUAAAAACAUGAAUGUUUACUAUAAUCUGACUUUUUAAGACUUAAAUGUGGCAACUAUUUUGUUUUAAUUAUUAUUGUUUUUUUUUGCAAUCUAGUAUUAGUUGUCACCUAAAAAGUUGACCAACUACCCUGUAAUAGACUUUUUUCUUAAAGGUUCAGCAUCAUUCUUAUUUCACUGUUUUUACCUUUAUUUUUUAUCAGUAACUACACAUACAAGUUAGUCAAUCCCACAAACAUUUCUGCAAAUUCUCCAAUAAAUAUUUAGUUUUCUACUAGUAAAUGAUAUUAUUUUAAAUGAUAUUAUUUUAUCCUGCCACCACCGUUUCUAUUGAUAAUAUGAUGACGGAUAAAGCAAAGUUAUAUCCGUAUAGUAGC